CCCGUUGUAGAGAAUAGGGAUGAACGAGCUGUGUAUCCCCCAACCCAACAUACUCAAGCUCCCGACGAGGAUACUCUAGUUCCGCCACAGCCUUCCAAAUGGCAUAUCUGGUGGCCAAGAGUGAGAGUGACCCUCGCUUGUUUCCUCCCAGUUGUGCUCGAGACACUUGACUACACGGUUGUUGCGACGGCUCAAACAACCAUUGCGUCAUACUUCAAUCGACUCGAUCUCCAGUCGUACGUCGGAACAUCCUAUGUCCUUGGGUCGACUGUAUUCCUUCCUAUAUUUGCUUCUCUCGCCGAUGUGUUUGGACGCUAUUGGACGAUGCAAAGUUCUAUCAUCAUCUUUCUCAUCGGGUCCGCUCUCAGUACUGGUGCCACUUCGAUGGCAGUGGUCCUCCUUGGACGAGGUAUCGCAGGAGUAGGAGCGGCGGGCUUGUUGGCCGUUAUCCGAAUUCUCCUCUCAGAUUCUCAAUCCCUCGAUGACAAUAACAUACUCGGAGCACUAAUGGUCGUUGUCUAUUCCACUGGUUUCAGCAUUGGUCCUUCCGUUGGUGGUGCCAUUCUCAAGAUAUCGUGGAGAUGGACGUCUAAGGGACAGCAGCCACCUCAGCACUUGAAUCGUUUGAACAUACCCGAAUCUACAAGGGUCCAAUUCCUAUCCAAAUAUCCCCCCGGCCUGAAGACAUCAAUCAAACGCAUCGAUACUGUGGGGGCACUUAUUUUCAUCGUCCUGGGUAUUGCUAUCCUGUUAGGCUUGAAUUGGGGCAGCACCGACUCCGGAGGAUGGAACCAACCGAAAGUCAUCGUUUCCUUGGUCAUUGGCAUCAUUCUCAUCCCCGUUUUUGUAUUAUGGGAAUAUAUUGUCGACCAUUCGACGGACUAUCUUGUUAAUUCGGAAUCGCAAGGAGACAUCGAGUCGACGGUCGCUCUGAAUCUGCAGCUCGGCAAAGGGCCCAAGUCGAACGAAAUGGGUUUCCGUGCUCGUCUGACACGGCUCGCUCCUUCUUUCGUCGAGAUUACGGAUCCAAUGCUUCCAAUGAAUAUGUUCCGGUCGAUCGAUGUUAUUGCCUGCAACUUUGCUACACUGACAAGUGGAAUGGUCAUGCUUGGCAUCUUUUACUUUGUAUCAAUAUUCUUCAUUAUCGUCGGUGGAAAAGAUGCCACUAAGGCUGGUGUUCAAUGUUUAUAUUUCGCUCCAGGAAUCGGAAUCGGGGCGGUCAUUUCUAUUGUUAUGAUCAAGGCCCUUCGUCAACCCAAACCGACGGUUCUUUUGGGCUGCGUGAUCACACCUCUUGCCGUCGGUUUAUUGGGUCAAGCAAUGUAUGAAAACAAUCAAAAACAUAUUAUGGGUUUCAUGAUCAUGAGCGGUGCUGGUAUUGGCAUUGCUUUUGGACCUUUGACUUAUCAAAUCCGCUUCACUCAGCCAGAAGACAGGGUCGCCAUCGUAGUCGCUAGUAAUCUAUUCUUCCGAACAGCUGGUGGGGUGAUUGGAUUGGCCCAGCUCUCAGCUGUCAUGUUCUCUCAAGUACGGUCUUAUAUCAAGAAACAAGUCAUAUCUGGUCGCAUCACCCUAUCCGACGCUGGCCGCAUCUCUGCCUCCCUCGCUUCUGUGGGUACGGUUCACGGCGGUGGUACAUCUUCAGCCGGCUCAGGUGGAAUAUUCGGAUUACCGGAUAACCUACGAACUGUUACGACUGAGGCCUUCAAGGAUGGAAUACGAUGGGCUUUCCUGUCCCUUGUUCCCUGGCUGGGCAUCUCUUUGCUGCUGUGCCUCUUUUUGACUCGUGUAGAUCCCGAACGACUCAACGUAAAGUCGGGUCAAGUCGACAUUCCAGAAGUUAAUCGGGAGAAGAGACAGAGGCGAGGUGACAUUGAG